GCUAACCGAAUCCUUCUCUAUUCAGCUUACCGCCAUGGGCCUGAAAAAGGAAGCAAAUGCAAACGUGAAUCCAACACAUGUUGCAGUUGAUAGAAAGAGACAUCUGAAUGUUGUAUUCAUUGGUCAUGUUGAUGCUGGGAAGUCCACAGCUGGAGGACAAAUACUAUUCCUUAGUGGUCAAGUUGAUGAUCGGACUAUCCAGAAGUAUGAGAAGGAAGCAAAGGAUAAGAGUAGAGAGAGUUGGUAUAUGGCCUAUAUCAUGGAUACAAAUGAAGAGGAAAGAGCAAAGGGAAAAACAGUUGAGGUAGGAAGAGCACAUUUUGAAACAGAGACAACAAGAUUUACAAUCUUGGAUGCCCCGGGUCACAAGAGUUACAUCCCGAAUAUGAUUAGUGGAGCAUCUCAAGCCGAUAUAGGUGUAUUGGUUAUAUCCGCUAGAAAGGGUGAAUUCGAAACUGGAUAUGAAAGAGGUGGACAAACACGUGAACAUGUUCAACUUGCAAAGACUCUAGGAGUUUCUAAGCUCCUUGUUGUUGUAAAUAAGAUGGAUGAUCCUACUGUCGUCUGGUCUAAAGAAAGGUAUGACGAUAUCCAGUCCAAAAUGAUACCAUUCUUAAAAUCAUCUCAAUACAAUGUAAAGAAAGAUGUUCAGUUCUUGCCAAUCUCUGGUCUCCUUGGUUCAAAUAUGAAAACUCGGGUGGAGGAAAGAGUAUGCGCAUGGUGGGAUGGUCCAUGCCUUUUUGAAGCUCUUGAUGCGGUAGAAGUUCCUCCCCGAGAUCCUGAAGGUCCACUAAGAAUGCCUAUUAUCGACAAAUUUAAAGACCUGGGAACUGUUGUUAUGGGUAAAACAGAAUCUGGGAGCAUUUGUGAAGCAAACCCCAUACCUGCAGUUACUGAGUUUGUUGCACAGUUACAGAUCUUGGAGCUGUUGGACAAUGCUAUUUUUACUGCUGGCUACAAGGCUGUGUUGCAUAUUCGUGCUAUUGUUGAGGAAUGCGAGAUUGUUGAACUGAUGCAGCAGAUUGAUCUCAAGAAAAAGAAGCCCAUGAAGAAAACACCUUUGUUUGUGAAGAACGGAGCAAUCGUUCUAUGUCGUGUUCAGGUGAAUAAUCUGAUUUGUAUCGAGAAGUUCUCUGAUUUUCCACAACUUGGGCGGUUCACUCUUCGCAGUGAAGGGAAAACUGUUGCUGUGGGGAAAGUUACCACCCUUCCUACUGUUGCUAAUAAUGCGUGAACAACUUGAUAACUGAAAAGAGGAAAGGUCAGUUGAACUUAGAUGGCAGCAGACACAAUUUUUGGUCCUUUGCAGCAUUAACCUGGAGCUAAGUUGAUGUGAUCUGCUAUAUGCGUAAACGUUCACCAG